AGAGAGAGAGAGAGAGAGAGAGAGAGAGAGCGAUACACGCCUCUGUCCUCCUCCGGCACUCCAACUGGACUUGUGCAUUUGGACGGACGCGUUACCACCUCCUGUGUGAGCGCUGAUCGGGAUACUAAGCACGCAGCUAUUGGUUUAUUACACCCGCCGCUUUAUUUCCAUCUCCCUCUUUCGGGAAGAUUUACCCACGUCGUUCUGCAGCAGCGAGAAUUAGGCUAACUACAUGAGCCGGAGUCGAGGCAUGCGACCGAGCUUGUGAAAUUUAUCCCUCAUAAGAUUCUGGUGACUGUAUGAAAGAGCGCAGGAGGAAAAAAAAAAGAAGAGGUUAUUCCUGACUCCCCCUCUGCGCUGGAUGUGUAUUUAUGCGCCUGUACAUCGCUGCGACUGGUGAGACGGAUGAGGGCAUCUAGCUGCCACUGAGAUGUGAUUCUCUGCGGUUUUUAUUUCACUUUGACAAAGCAAAGCACUCGAUAACAGGCCUGUAUGGUGUCGGGAACACUGAGCUGUGAGAGAAACAGCUCACCACAAGACCGUCUGGGCUCAGCAGGAAGUACCUCCAUAUCUACUUCCAGGUCACACUCAGACGUCAUGUGGACCAGAUGCCUUCUCUUCAUCUCGACCUUGUUUGCCCCCAUUGCCAUUGUCUAUGGCCGUGCCCCUAUCCCCAUGGCAGUAGUCCGCAGGGAGCUGUCUUGUGAGUCCUACCCCAUCGAACUACGCUGCCCGGGCACAGAUGUCAUCAUGAUUGAGAGUGCCAACUACGGCCGCACCGAUGACAAGAUCUGCGACUCGGACCCCGCCCAGAUGGAGAAUACGCGGUGCUACCUGCCCGAUGCAUACAAGAUCAUGUCACUCAGAUGCAACAACCGUACUCAGUGUGCAGUGGUGGCUGGUCCAGACGUCUUCCCUGAUCCCUGCCCUGGCACGUACAAAUACCUGGAAGUCCAGUAUGAAUGUGUCCCCUACAAAGUAGAACAAAAAGUUUUUCUGUGUCCUGGCAUUCUGCGGGGAGUAUACCAAAGUGAACAUCUCUUUGAGUCAGAUCACCAAUCUGGUGCGUGGUGCAAAGACCCGCUGCAAGCCUCUGAUAAGAUCUACUACAUGCCCUGGACACCGUACCGCACAGACACACUCACAGAGUAUUCGUCAAAGGAGGACUUCAUCGCAGGCCGUCCCACCACCACGUAUAAACUGCCGCACCGUGUGGAUGGGACGGGUUUUGUCGUGUACGACGGUGCGCUGUUCUUCAACAAGGAGCGCACGCGCAACAUUGUAAAGUUCGACCUUCGCACACGCAUCAAGAGUGGUGAGGCAAUCAUUGCCAACGCCAACUACCACGAUACCUCACCAUAUCGCUGGGGGGGCAAAUCUGACAUCGACCUGGCAGUGGAUGAGAACGGACUGUGGGUGAUCUAUGCAACAGAGCAGAACAAUGGGCGCAUCGUGGUGAGCCAGCUCAACCCGUACACCCUGCGCAUUGAGGGUUCCUGGGACACCAGCUAUGACAAACGCUCUGCCUCCAAUGCCUUCAUGAUCUGCGGAGUCCUGUACGUUGUCAAAACCGUAUAUGAGGAUGAUGACAACGAAGGGACAGGGAACAAGAUUGACUACAUGUACAACACUGAUAAGGGCAAGGAAAUGACGGUUAACAUACCAUUCCCUAAUUCCUACCAGUACAUCGCUGCAGUGGAUUACAACCCUAGAGACAACCUGCUGUACGUGUGGAAUAACUACCACGUGGUCAAGUACUCACUGGACUUCGGCAACAACGAUUAUCGUCCACCUCCCAUGAUCCCCCCCAACCGAGGAGGCGUGGGAGGGGGUCCGAUCGGUGGGGGAGGCGGUUCCUCCUCUUCGUCCACUAGCCGGGCAACCACCACGCGUUCUCCUCCCUACUACACCACACCGAGGCCUCUCCUCACCACCUCGCCUGGACAGAGGUACCGCACAACCACCACAGUCCGCCAGCCCAUCCUGGUUCCUGCCGGAGGUUCGUCGUCCGACACCAAUCAGAUACCUGACACCAAUCAGAAAGCCGGGGGAAGAUCCCCUCCGGUGCAAGUCCCUCCGGCGGCCCCGCAGCCCCCUGCCCUGCCUCCCCAAGACUUCUGCAGUCCACGAGUGAUGGCCGACAUAUCGUGGCCCCAGACACAGCAAGGCCAGACAGCCAAACAGCCCUGCCCUGUAGGAACACUGGGCGUGGCUACAUACGUGUGCAUGGCCCAUUUGGGCUAUUGGGAUCCCCAAGGCCCUGACCUCAGCAACUGCACGUCGCCUUGGGUCAACCACAUCAUGCAGAAACUUCGGUCGGGUGAGACGGCAGCGAUUGUGGCCAGGGAGCUGGCAGAGCAGACCAAAGGGCUCCUGCGCCCUGGCGACGUGCCAUCCACAGUGCGGGCCAUGGCCCAGCUGGUCGAACUGCUGGACGUCCAGCUCAGGAACCUCACCCCCGGGGGCAAGGACAGCGCUGCUCGCAGCCUCACUAAGCUUCAGAAGAGAGAAAGGUCCUGCAGGUUUUUCACACAGGCGAUGGUGGAGACGGUGAAUAAUUUGCUGCAUCCACGGGCCCAGACAGCAUGGAGAGAGCUGCCCACCAGCGAGCAGCUGCACUCGGCUACUCUGCUCCUUGACACCGUGGAGACUGGGGCUUUUAUGUUAGCUGACAACCUCCUGAAGACUGACACGGUGCAGGAGACCACUGACUACAUCCAGCUGGAAGUAGCCAGGCUGAGCACGGAUGGGAACCUUGCAGACCUGACAUUCCCCCAGUCAGAACAACAUGGAAACUCCAUCCAGCUGUCAGCCAGCACUCUCAAACAGCACGGCAGAAACGGUGAGAUCAGGAUGGCGUUUGUCCUGUACAGGAACCUGGGCUCCUACCUGUCCACAGAGAACGCCAGCGUCAGACUGAGCAGCGAGGCGGUCUAUCCUAAUUACUCUGUUAUCGUCAACUCCCCAGUCAUCACAGCAUCCAUUAACAAGGAGAGCAAUAAGGUGUACCUGUCGGAGCCUGUGGUCUUCACUGUCAAACACCUGCAGCAUUCAGAAAAGAAUUUCAAUCCCAACUGUUCAUUCUGGAGCUACUCCAAACGCACCAUGACGGGAUUCUGGUCGACGCAGGACUGUCGUCUGCUGGCUACCAAUCGCACACACACCAGCUGCUCCUGCACCCACCUCACCAGCUUUGCAGUGCUCAUGGCCCACGUGGAGGUCAAGAAACCAGAGAGCAUGCACGACGUGCUGCUGGACGUCAUCACAUGGGUGGGGAUCCUCUUGUCGCUGGUCUGCCUCCUUAUCUGCAUCUUCACCUUUUGCUUCUUCCGAGGGCUGCAGAGCGACCGCAACACAAUCCACAAGAACCUCUGCAUCAGCCUGUUCAUCGCUGAGUCAUUGUUUCUGGUCGGGAUCAACAAAGCCGAUCAACCGAUUGUCUGUGCAGUCUUUGCGGCCUUGCUCCAUUUCUUCUUCUUGGCAGCGUUCACCUGGAUGUUCCUGGAAGGGGUGCAGCUCUACAUCAUGCUGGUAGAGGUGUUUGAGAGCGAACACUCCAGGACUAAGUACUUCUACCUGGCAGGAUAUGGAGUACCUGCUGUCAUAGUGGCCGUCUCUGCUGCGGUGGACUACAGGAGCUAUGGCACCGAUCGAGUGUGCUGGCUGCGUUUGGAUACAUACUUCAUCUGGAGCUUCAUAGGUCCGGCAACGCUCAUCAUUAUGCUGAACGUUAUCUUCCUCGGUAUCGCUCUUUAUAAGAUGUUCCAUCACACAGCCAUUCUCAAACCAGACUCCGGGUGUCUGGACAACAUCAAGUCUUGGGUGAUCGGGGCCAUAGCCCUGCUGUGUCUGCUGGGUCUCACCUGGGCUUUCGGCCUAAUGUACAUCAACGAGAGCACCGUGAUCAUGGCCUACCUUUUCACCAUCUUCAACUCUCUGCAGGGCAUGUUCAUCUUCAUCUUCCACUGCAUACUGCAGAAAAAGGUGCGCAAAGAGUACGGCAAAUGUCUGCGCACUCACUGCUGCAGCGGCAAGAGCGUGGAGACGUCCAUCUCCUCCUCCAGUAAGACCACCACGUCACGGACCCCGGGCCGCUACUCCACAGGCUCACAGGUGAGCUUACCUGCCUGCACACCUGGACGCUACAGCACAGCAGACUCUCAGAGUCGCAUCAGGCGGAUGUGGAAUGACACUGUGAGAAAACAGGAGUCCUCCUUCAUCACUGGAGACAUCAACAGCUCUGCCACGCUCAACAGAGCACCUUACCGAGACACAAAGGGCAUCCUGAACAACGCAAGAGACUCCAGUGUUAUGGAUACACUCCCUCUCAAUGGUAACCAUGCCAACAACUACAGCAUGGCCAGCAGCGAGUACCUGAGCGACUGUGUCCAGAUUCUGGAUCGCAGCGGCGGCUACGGCACCCACAGCAACCACAAGGAGACCACCCUGGAGAAGAAGAUCCUCAAGGAGCUCACCUCCAACUACAUCCCGUCGUACCUCAACAAUCAUGAGAGAGCGACCACCGAGCGCAAUCACAACCUGAUGAACAAGCUGGUAAACAGCAGCAUGGCCAAUGGAGGGAGCAUGGCAGGUGGCAGCAGCAGCAGCAGCAGCAGCGGAGUCGGUGGGUGUGUGGGCAGCAGUAAAGAGGACAACAGUCCCAUGGUGCUGGACAACCCUGCAGCCUUCCCCCAUGAGGAAAACCUGGGCUUGGAGAUUAUCAGAGAGGAGUCCAACGCGCCUCUCCUGCCGCCGCGGCCUCCUCCACCAGACAGCCACCCACCGCCACCGCCUCCCCCUCACAGCUUCUCCCGGCCACGUCGCAUACCCCAGGAGACAAGCGAGAGCUUCUUUCCCCUGCUGACUAAUGAGCACACUGAUGAGCACACGCAUUCACCAAACCACAGAGACUCACUCUACACCAGCAUGCCAGUGCUGACGGACCUCCCAGAUGGGCAGAUGAACGGUUUAACAGACGGAGAGGAAGACAGCUCCGGAGAGCUGCAGCCCUGUAAGAGUGCCACCGCUCCGGAGCUGGAUGAUGUCUAUUAUAAGAGCAUGCCAAACUUGGGCUCCAGGAAUCACCUUCACGAGCUGCAGAGCUACUACCACAUGGGCCGUGGUGGCAGCGAUGGAUACAUGGUGUCUGGGAACAAGGAGGAGUCCGAUUCGUCGCCCGAGGAGCCGCCUGUAGACCCUUCUCACCUGGUUACCAGUCUAUAGAGCCAAUCAAGACUUCUAUCCCUCCCUGGCCCACUUUCACACAUUCAACCGUCCAAUGAAGACAUUCUGUGUUGUUGACUGACAGACCGAGCUGGCCCGCCCCUGGAUUGAUGUACUUUGCGCGACACUAACUUUGGCUCAUGACAAUAUGGUUGAGACAUCACAGGUCAAAUGAAAGCAGGGACUGAAUGUAUUGUCAUCAAUGGUGCAGACUGAGAGGGCGGUUCUGAAAGACGUUUUGCAAACAUCAAACACGAGUUGAACGUGAAACCUGGAACGAAAACGGAAGGGGGAGGGAUUCUGUAAUUUUACCGUACCUGUUACUUUAAUUUGGAAACUUGGAUUGACCGUAGCCCUACAAGUUCCCCAAUAUGGACCUCUAGCAGAUCAUAGCAUAUAGUCUCCACUACCACCACUACAGGGCCGCAGUGGCCCCCAGCCCUGGUUAACGGAGCUGCCUGUCUGUUUGUCUGUAUGUCUGUCUCUCUGUCUAACUCUUAAAGACACGUACUGGGAUGAUGUUUCCACCUUUUCCAAAGGGUACAGCAGGAUAAUAAACUCUGGUGUUCACAACACAAACUGGCCCCAAAGAGGCACCACUACCUGCCAAUCAAGUGAAGGAUGUAUGAUAUAUACCCUCACUACCGAUCAUCCAAAAAAAACUAUUUUAUUUGGGAAACUGAACUGUAACCAUAUCACGCUGAUGUUCUGAAUUCUCUUCCUGUUCGUAUCUGCUAAACUGGAGUUGUGUCUGGGCUGGUGUAACAUUCCUGCAAGUUGUAGUGACUGCGGCUACUGUGUAUUUCACUGAAAACAAAGAAGGAAGAUCAUAUUACAACAGACUGAAAUGAAAAAAAGGGGGGGAAAACAAAAAAAACAAACAAAUGGGUUCCGUUUCUUCUUCUUUCUUCUGUAAAAGUUUUCAGUUAUCAAAGGAUUAUGAAGAAAUCACAAACUGUUUCUAUGUAUUGUACAGAAUACAGAUACAGAUACAAAUGUUGCAUAUGACCAAGUCUUUUAUUUUUUAAUUUUGAGUUGCAAACCUUUUGUCUGUGGAACUGUUCUGAAACGUCAUGACAUGUUCUGGUCAAGUGUAGACCACAGAACGAGCAAGGAACAAUCUUUCAUGUCACUCUUUCGUAAAUACAGAGACAGUUAAGCACUCCUUAAUUAAUACUGUAUACCCGACGCACACUUCAUUCUGGUCCUUUUUAUAGCAACACCACUGUCACUUACAUUUUACAAAUCAAUUGUUACUAUAUACUUUUACCACAAGUGUAGAUUUCAAAAUAAAAUGAAAAUGAAGUGCUUAAGUGGUGAAGGAGAUAAUUACUGUGGAAAUACUGUUUUACUGUUUGCUGGAAGUGGGCCUUGUCUCACUUGGACCCUGCAGGAGGAGCACAGGUAAAAAAAAAAAAAAAAAAAAAAAAAAGAAAAAAGGGAAAGAUAAUAGAUUUACGGAG